GUUUUCACCAUGUCAGCGGCAAAAGAGGCGACUAGCACAAUGCUUUUACGGUACAAGGAUAAGCUACUUGAGUCCAACAGGCGAUCGCCAACACUGAAGGGAAUUUGAAACGCUGGCAAAAGUACGACGAGGACUAUCAGACGCUUGAAGGAUUCUUGCAAGGUGCGGUACAAGUUACCAAAAAGGAUGUUAUGGUCCCUUUCGGUCCUUUCGCCUUCAUGCCCGGUCAACUCAUACAUACCAACGAGGUGCUGGUACUUUUAGGCGAUAAUUGGUUUGCCGAGCGAUCCGUCAAAGAAGCUUUGGAAAUAGUUGGCAGAAGGCGGGAAUACACCACAGAACAAGUCAAGAACCUUAAACUAGCGCAAAAGGAGCUAUAUGCUCGCAUGGAGCUUACAGAACUAGAGGAUCCCAGGUCGAGUCUUACCCUCGAAAAAUCAAAUGUGGACUCAGAUGGUGACGAGGUCAAUGAGGAAGGCCUCAAAUUUGUUGAGAUUCGUGAAGAGUACAAUGAAGAGGCGGAGAAGGCAAGACAAAAGAGACCGGUGCAGCCCUUGUCAGAACCGAAGCCCACUGCUGAUGAGAGCGUGCAGUCCUUUUCAGACUCGAACAUCACCGCUGACGCGAAGCAUUUUGAUGAAUUCGAGCGUCGUCUUUUUGAAAAGAUUAAGCAGUACGAAGAAGAGGAGGAAGCUGGGUAUCUUGAUAAUGAUAUAGAGGAAGAGGAGGAGGAGCACUUUGACAGCGACUCAGAUGGGGAAAUGCGAUUCGAAACUAUGGAUGACGAUGAAGACGACUUCAAUCAGUCUCUAGAAACCUUCACGCGCAUUCGAUCAUCUCUCAAGAAGCCGGCGAAAGCGCAACGGCAAGGUGAAAAGGUGCCAAAACACGUCAGUUUUGAUGAAAACAUCCAGACCACAGCGCCCGCGUCUAUCAGAAGCCCUUCUGAUAUCUAUGAACAAAUGCGGGCGAAAUCCAAAGAUAUGCCAGAUUCGACUGGUAGUCCCCGAGCAAUUGCUGAACCACAUCGUCCGCCACAAGCGCAUUCAGUUAAAGAUCUCAUAAUCGAGAAAGAAGAUGUGGAGCAAAUGUCUGAAGAUGAAACUGAUGAUUUUUUAUUUGGGCGAGAGCUGCUCAACGAGUAUCAUUUAAAGCGAAACCAGCUCAUUCAGGCGCAGUCGGUCCAUCCAUUAACUGCAGAAGAGGAGGAUGUCGCAAGCGAAGAGCGUUUGCAAAAUAAGGUGGCCAAAGUAUCUCGGUUCAAGGCCGCACGAAUGGCUGUGCGAGAGGCGGUAGAAUUGCCUCAGAUUCUGCAACAGCUAGCAGAGCCAUCAUCAGAGCCAGCAUCUGUGGCCGUUCAAGAGCCGCAGAAGAGAAUAAAACCUUGUGUACCAGUACGUGCACUAUACAACACGUCUGGUGGAUCGCAUACUAUAGCAGGCCAAUUGCAGUCGCCGAAACGAGACGUCAUCAAGAACGUGGAAAAGAAAGCUGUAGAUGCGCAACCUUCUCAACAGAAAGUCUCCCGGUUUAAAGCGGCACGAAUGUCAAGUGCCGCUUCGUCGUCUACGCAGUCUUCAGGGCCAGAAGCAAGUGUUGGUAUGGAAGAGGAAGGAGAGGAGUCUGAUGAGGGCGUAAUUAUGGUGCCGCGUGUCUCCCGACGUUUGGUUGCUCCUCCUGUCGUUGGACGAGCCUCUUCUUCGGAUAAGCGCAUACCGAUUAUCCAGAAUUCGAAAGCUGCAGAAGACUCCGAGACCGCAUCCGUUCGUUCUGAUGCACAGUCCCAGUCGACGGGGAAGAAAGUGUCUAGAUUCAAGGCUAUGCGGAUGGGAAUCAAUGAAGGAUGAAGAGAAACCAUUCUGCGCAAGCGAGAACUCGUAACUAUUCUGAGGGCUAUGGUUAACAUUUGUAAAUAGUCGCAUUAUAUUGUAGAGAAUAAUUGAGAGUUGAAACGAUAAUUGCUGGUCUCCCUAUCACCAUGACUGGGUCGCCAUGAUCUACUCAAUAUCAUACUACUUUAUACUCAUUAUGAUGAAUCUAGAUACAAAAA